AACCAUGCCUAUUAACCUGGUUGAGGACGACGUUGCCUGUGUUGUGAUUGACAAUGGGUCGGGCAUGUGUAAGGCGGGCUUUGCCGGAGAUGACGCCCCGCGGGCCGUGUUUCCCGCCGUCACCGGACGACCGAGAUACGACAUUGUAAUGGCGGGAAUGGGAGGCAAGGAUUGCUACAUCGGAGACGAGGCUCAGAGCCACCGGGGAGUCCUGUCCCUGAAUUACCCAGUAGAACAUGGCGUCGUCAAUAACUGGGACGACAUGGAGAAGAUCUGGCACCACACGUUCUACAACGAACUAAGGGUGGCUCCCGAGGACCACCCAGUGCUGCUGACAGAGGCACCACUCAAUCCCAAAUACAACAGAGAACAAAUGACGCAGAUUAUGUUCGAGACGUUCAACGUGCCCGGGUUCUACGUCAGCAUCCAAGCUGUCCUCUCUCUGUACGGCGCCGGAAAAACGACAGGAAUCGUGUUCGAUUCGGGAGACGGCGUGUCUCAUAUCGUCCCCAUAUACGAAGGCUACGCUCUUCCACACGCUAUUAAGAGAGUGGACCUAGCAGGCAGAGAUCUGACCAAGUAUCUACAAAGAAUUCUUCAUGAACGAGGAUACAAUUUUGUCAACUCUUCUGAGCAAGAAAUCGUCCGUGACAUCAAAGAAAACCUGUGUUACGUUGCUAUGGAUUUUGAACAAGAACUGUGUGCCUCUGCGCAAUCCUCCGCACUGGAAAAAUCUUACGAACUUCCGGACGGUCAAGUGAUCACCAUUGGAAACGAGCGUUUCCGGUGUCCGGAAGUGCUGUUCCAGCCAUCCUUUACUGGUCUAGAAGCGAGCGGAAUACACGAACAAAUCCACAACUCCAUCAUGGCGUGCGACAUUGACACCGGGUUCUACGUCAGCAUCCAAGCUGUCCUCUCUCUGUACGGCGCCGGAAGAACGACAGGAAUCGUGUUCGAUUCGGGAGACGGCGUGUCUCACAUCGUCCCCAUAUACGAAGGCUACGCUCUUCCACAUGCUAUUAAGAGAGUAGACCUAGCAGGCAGAGAUCUGACCAAGUAUCUACAAAGGAUUCUUCAUGAACGAGGAUACAAUUUUGUCAACUCUUCUGAGCAAGAAAUCGUCCGUGACAUCAAAGAAAACCUGUGUUACGUUGCUAUGGAUUUUGAACAAGAACUGUGUGCCUCUGCGCAAUCCUCCGCACUGGAAAAAUCUUACGAACUUCCGGACGGUCAAGUGAUCACCAUUGGCAACGAGCGUUUCCGGUGUCCGGAAGUGCUUUUCCAGCCAUCCUUUACAGGUCUAGAAGCGAGCGGAAUACACGAACAGAUCCACAACUCCAUCAUGGCGUGCGACAUUGACAUCAGAAGAGACAUGUACAGUAACAUCGUGUUGUCAGGGGGCUCCACCAUGUUUCCGGGGAUCAAGGACAGACUAGCCAAAGAGGUCACGGCCGUCUCUCCCAGUUCAAUGAAGGUCAAGAUCAGCGCCGCGCCAGAGCGGAAAUACUCAGUGUGGAUCGGUGGAUCUAUUCUAGGUUCUCUGUCCACUUUCCAACAGAUGUGGAUCACCAAACAGGAGUACGACGAAUGUGGGCCAGGAAUAGUGCACAGAAAAUGCUUUUGACAUUAAU